CUGAACUCGUUCUUAAAAAUGCUGGCCGACAAAAAACAAAACUAAAUGGUAAAUAAAGUAACAUGGCCGAUUGGGCGGUGAUAGUGAUCUGAUAACAGUUUGUGAACUCUCUCCGGAGCACCCACAGCUAAAUUUCGACUCCUUCACUCAGGAACCCACACAGUGAAGCUUUCUGGGGAGGUUUUUGUUGGUUUGAUGCAAAAAUAGGAAGGGGAGAUUUUCAAUGAGGCGAAGGUCGUUCGAUUUUCGAAGCAGACCCGCAAAGAGACGGUACUCCAAACUGGGAUGGCUGAUAUUCUGCGCCUUCUUAGCGCUUCUCUUAUUCGCCAUCAUCCGCCAGAAAAGCUCUUCUCCCUCCACGCCUUCUUUAAUCCAGGGAUUUAAUAGACGGAACAAAUUUCUGGAAGGUUUUAACAUCACCGAAGAAAUGUUGGACCCUCAUUCAAUAUCUAGGCAAGUGAAUGAUCAAAUAUCUCUUGCUAAAUCCUUUGUUCUGAUUGCAAAAGAGAGCAACAACCUUCAACUUGCAUGGGAAAUAAGUGCCAAGAUUCACAAAUCACAAGUACUCCUAUCAAAUUCAGCGACGAGGAAAACCCCAUUAACGAUGAAAGAGGCAGAAUCAAGAAUCCGUGAAAUGGCACUUCUGCUUUGUCAAGCCCAGCAACUCCACUAUGAUAGUGCAACCAUGAUUAUGAGAUUAAAGGCCAAUAUCCAAUCACUUGGAGAGCAAUUGAAUUCCGUGACAGAGAAGAGCUCAAAGUAUGGACAAAUAGCAGCCGAGGAAGUGCCAAAGGGUCUAUACUGCCUGGGUGUUAGGUUAACUGUUGAUUGGUUCCAGAACAAAAAGCUGCAGGAGAAACAGCUCAGGGAAGCCAAGAAACUCGAGGAUAAUAGCCUUUAUCAUUUUUGUGUUUUUUCUGACAACAUCCUAGCUACUUCAGUCGUGGUCAAUUCAACAGCGUUAAAUGCCAGGAAUCCAGACCGGAUUGUCUUCCACAUCGUGACUGAUGAAAUAAACUUCGCUCCAAUGAAAGCCUGGUUCUCUAUGAAUUCUUUCCGGGGUGUUUCAAUAGAAGUUCAGAAGUUUGAAGACUUCAGUUGGCUGAAUGCUUCUUACGUCCCUGUUCUUAAGCAGCUGCAAGACUCCGACACCCAAAAUUACUACUUCUCUGGACGUCAGGAUGGUGGUAAAACCCCUAUAAAAUACCGUAACCCAAAGUACCUCUCGAUGCUCAACCACCUUAGGUUCUAUAUUCCCGAAGUUUUCCCAAAGCUUGAUAAGGUAGUAUUUCUCGACGAUGAUGUUGUGGUUCAAAAGGAUCUAUCGCCAUUGUUCUCCAUUGAUUUGAAAGGAAACGUGAAUGGAGCCAUCGAGACUUGCACGGAGACAUUCCACAGAUACCACAAAUACUUGAACUCCUCCCACCCACUUAUACGCUCACAUUUCGAUCCAGAUGCUUGUGGGUGGGCCUUUGGCAUGAAUAUCUUUGAUUUGGUUCAAUGGAGGAGGAAGAAUGUGACUGGUAUAUAUCACUACUGGCAGGAGAAGAACGUAGAUCGAACACUAUGGAAGCUCGGGACCUUGCCACCCGGGCUUCUUACCUUCUACGGGUUGACUGAACCGUUGGAUCGUAGUUGGCAUGUUUUGGGAUUGGGAUACACAAACGUCGAUCCACAGGUGAUCGAGAAAGGUGCAGUUCUACAUUUCAAUGGAAACUCCAAGCCAUGGCUGAAGAUUGGAAUGGAGAAGUACAAACCAUUGUGGAACAAAUACAUAGAUUAUUCUCAUCCUCUCUUGCAACAAUGCAAUAUCCAUUGACCAUUGUCAAUAGAUAAGGCUUUAGUUAGCCAUACCAAAACCAAAGAUGAAUCCUUUCUAUAUAUGUCUCUUGAAACAUAAAACAAUGUUGUUAAUCUGACCAUGGGUUUAUGCUUAGAAAUCUCUAAAAUUUUUCAAAUCAUUGAUGUAUUAUAUUUGUUCCACUUCUAAUGUGUAGCUUCAGAGUUCAGACAUAUCUGUUGUUGAGGUUACUAUCA